UGUUUUCUGCACCAUUCUGUGUAAACUCUAGAGACUGUCGUGUGUGAAAACCCCAGGAGGAGAUCAGCAGCUUCUGAAAUACUCAAACCUUCAUGCUCCAUCUGGCUCAAACCAACACCCAUACCACAGUGACAGAGAGUCACACUUCACUGUGAGAUCAGUGUUUCCCGUUCUGAUGUUUGAACAUGAACUGAAGCUCUUGAUUUGUAUCUGCGUGAUUUUACGCAUUGAGGAAUCAGCUGAUUAGAGAACUGCAGAAAACAGAACAGCAGGUGGAUGGAUGGGUGUUCCUAAUAAGGUAGCCGGUGGAAUGGCCAGUGACGAGGUGAAGCAGAAGCUGCAGAGGUACAUUUUAUCUCGUCGGCGUUUUAAUCAAGCCAAGACUCAACGAGACACGGCCCAGGGCUCUGAGCUGGACCGACAGGAUGAGGAUCUGAACACACCUCCGUCUCCACAGUACAGAGGGAAGCAGCUGUGGAGAACCGCCUCUGAACUUGUUCGGAAGCACAAACCGGAGAGGUCUUCAUCAUCCAGCAGGAAGGAUCCUCUUCACAGUACACAAAGUGUUUCCUCUAUGGACUCGGUCAGUAGCAGCAGGAACUCCCCUGCAUGUCAGUGCUCUCCACCUUCAGAUCAGUGUUAUCACACACCAGCGCUGUGGGACUACAGACUCCAGCCGCUCCAUCAGAUGGACGCGAACCCGAGCUUCAUUGGGCCGUUGAAGAUGUGGAUCCAGUCUCCUGUCACUGUCUCACAUGAAAACAUGUUAAGCCACUUCAUCUUACUGAAGCAUGUGUAUGUGGACACAAGCGUCUUCACCAGUCCGCACCUGACUGUGCUCCCAGGAGUACAUGCCAGUGUGAGGCAGCACAGGCCGUUAGAUAGAUGUCAGUCACAGCCUCUGCUCCUGAGAGAACAGCCAAGUGGAUUUCAUGAGCGUCACAGCUUCAGAACACCACAGAGACCCUCACACACAUACAAAACGAUCCCGCCGAGACUGUGCGGGAUCCCCUGUGAACAGCGCCAUCCAGAGGCGGAGAAGAGAACAGCAGCGGCGUGGAAAGGGAAAGCGAGCUUUGUAGUUGGAGAAGAUGACAGCGAUGAGUUGAGCUAUUCAUCACAGCCAUCUCCCAACACAGAGAGAAGGCAGCACAGACCAGCUUUCAGAAUACACAACAGACCCAACCAGCCAGUCAAACACACCCUCUUCCCUCCUCCCGCAUACCACCUGCCUGGCACUGCUGACUCCGCCCCAGACCACGCCCACAGCACAGGGCUGGUAUAUGAUCCACAGAUGCUGAAACAGCAGUGUAUCUGUGGUGACAGCAGCUGUGACGCGAAGCAUGCUGGGAGAAUUCCAAAGGUCUUUGACAGACUGCAGGAAUGUGGAGUCAGUGAUCAGUGUAAGUGGAUCAAAGGCAAACAGUGCAGUAUGGAGGCUGUACAGGUGCUUCAUCAGAACUGCUCUUUUGCUUCUUAUGGAUCGAGUCCUCCGAGUCCUCAGCAGCCUCCCGCAGUGAAGAUGGCAGCAGGCUGUGUGACAGAGCUCGUUCUGCUCGUCGCUCAGGGUCGAAUAAGGAACGGCUUUGCAAUAGUACAACCACACGGACAUGAGGCCUCACAAUCAUCACCCUCUAAGUCAGAGGCUACUUUUAGUCCAGUAGCAAUCGCUGCAAAACAGCUCCAGAAAAAACAUAAGAACAGAAAGAUUCUCAUUCUGGACUGGGACGUUCAUCAUUGUAACAUAACUCAGGAAAUGUUCUACAGAGACCCGGAUGUUCUCCACAUCUCUUUACAUCGCUAUGGCAACAGUGCUGCGUCAGGACGACCUGAUGAAGUGGGCUUGGAUGAUGGAGAAGGUUUUAACGUUAAUGUGGAAUGGUUAUAUGAUCUGGACCCACCCGUAGGAGACGCGGAAUACUUGGCAGCAUUCAGGACCGUGAUCAAGCCGAUUGCCCAGGAGUUCUCACCCGACAUCAUCUUGAUAUCCACACAGUUCGACACUGUCGAUGGUCAUCCAGCAUCACGGGGAGGACCGAGAGUCUCCGCCCAGUGUUUCGGACUCCUCACUCAGAACCUGAUGGAGCUCUCCGGAGGUCGUGUUGUCGUGGUGUUAGAGCGAGGUCAUGACGUCCCAGCCGUGUGCGAGGCGUCUAAGGCGUGUGUUAAUGCUCUGUUAAAGAAGAAGAUUGUGUUUCUGUCAGAUGAUGUUCUGAUGAAGAAGCCGUGUGCUGCAGCAGUUCAGUCUCUGUGCAGAGUUCUGCAGAUCCACAGUCAGUACUGGACAUCUGUGAAAACUUUGAAACACACCGUGGCUGAGUCAUGGUUACAGGCCAAGGGGAAACAUUCAGCACAUGCUGACACAGCCUCAGCCCUCGCCUCGCUCAGCAUGACCACCCCGAACUACACCGGCCCCAAGAUCUUUGCAUUCUGUCAUCGUGGAACCGAGCCGGUGGAGCAUGAUGAAGAUGAAAUUUUGAAGUGAUCUUAUCAAGCAAAGGCGAGACGACAGCAUAAAACCAGAAAUCUGGAACUUUCCUUGUACACACACAUUAUUUAUUUAUAUAUAUAUAUAUAUAUGUGAAGAGUUUGGUUCCAAAACACGAUAAACGUCAAAUUUGAAAAAUUGAAACUCCCGCCACCAAACCAUCAGCAAUUAUUAUCUCUUAUUCAUACCAUAUUCAGUUUUCGCCAAAACGCGAUAUCUGCCAUUGACUUACACACUGCAUUACGGCCUUUCCUUCCAAAACAGAACAAGCACCAUCACCAAUUUUUCUCAAACCCAGACAUAUCCAUUUGGCCAAUCAGAGGCCAGCAUUGGUGUGAAGUCUUCUAAGAUGGCUGCACCCAUGAAGUAGGAAAUUGCUUCAUCAUUUCUCGCAUUUAUUGGACAAUUUCACGCUGAAUUAUGAAUAAUUUCAAUGGAACGGAGGAGGCCAUGAUGGUUUCACCAGUGGGGAAGAAACGUAGGCCAUCAAAAGCAAAUCUUAAUCAAGAACACGUUAAGAAAAUACAGCAUUCGGGUGCCGGGAAAAUACCAGACGUUGUGUGCACACAAAGCACGUACAUGUGUUUUGCCAGGCUGAUAUCGCCCACUUUUCAGGAUACUAAAGCACAUUAUAUAUCCAAUUUCAGAUAUAUCCGUCAUGAAAGAACACAGUUAAAUGGAUUUUAAAUAGAAAGGGAUCUGUAGCAUUUUGGGGAAAAUGCCGUAGUGUGGAUAUGUAGCAACUUGACAAAAAAAAUUACUUGGUUCAGUUAAAAGCUGUUAAUUAGUUCUGGAUUUCAUUUUUGAAGUUUAUCAUCAUUAAGGAGUUAGUCAAUAAAUUUUAAAACAGGAUACAGUGGUUUUCCUUUUAUCACUUACCAUAAUCAGAAAAAGUGAUUUUUCUCAAAACAAUGGAAUUGGAUGUAUAGCAUUUUAGAAUCACACUCAUAUAUAUAUAUAUAUAUAUAUAUAU